AUGGUCCUCGAACUCACCUACCAGGAUGUUGCCGAGCACAACACCAAGAAGGAUAUUUACAUCGUAGUUCAUGACAAGAUCUACGACUGCACCAAGUUUGUCGACGAGCACCCCGGUGGCGAGGAGGUUCUUCUUGAUGUCGGCGGACAGGACUCUACUGAGGCUUUUGAGGAUGUCGGCCACAGCGACGAGGCUCGUGAGACUCUGGAGCAGCUCUACAUUGGCAACCUGAAGCGCCAGCCCGGUGACCCUGCCCCCAAGAAGCAAGCCGCGGCCACCAGCUCCGCUAGCCACACCGAGAGCCCCGGUUUCGGUGUCGGUCUGUACGCCGUCCUCCUCAUUGGCGGUGUCCUCGCCUACGUCGCCUACCAGUACCAGCAGCAGCAACAGCAGACCGCUGCAUAA